AUGUUAUCCAUCGGAAUCAACUCCCACGGCAAACCAUCCGAGUACCAACUCCUCGACUUCCCACAGCCGGAGAUCACAGAGCCAACCGAUGUGCUCAUCAAAGUCCACGCCGCAAGCGUCAAUCCGGUGGAUUUGAAGAAGGCAGAUGGGAUUUUCAAGAUAGCUCUCAAAGACUCGUUUCCGUAUAAAAUCGGCUACGAUGCCGCGGGAAUAGUCACGGAAAUCGGAACAGGCGUCGCGCGGUUUAGGGUUGGUGAUGCGGUCUAUGUUCGGUUGCCGGAGUCCCAUCGAGGCGCAUGGAGCGAAUACGCCGUCUGUCCCGAGCGCUUCAUCGCGCUAAAACCACCAUCGCUCUCAUUCGAGGAAGCAGCGUCUAUGCCACUAGCCGCUACGACGGCGUAUCAGGCGUUGAAGAAGUAUGGUGGUGAUCUCGCUGGGAAGACGGUGUUUGUCCCGGCUGGCUUGGGCGGCACAGGCCUCUUCGCCUGCCAACUAGCCAAGCACGUCUUCCACGCGGGCAAGGUCAUCACGACCGUUUCGACUUCAAAGGUGCCCAAGGUUGCCGAACUUCUAGGGGAGGGAACGGUCGAUGAAAUAAUCGACUACAAAACAACAGCCCCUAAAUUGGUCAUCCCGCGCGGCACGAUCGACUUCCUCUUCGACACCACGGGUUCCGCAAUGGAGUACCUCUGCCUAAUGCGUCCUCGGACGGGGUGUAUCAUCUCAAUAUCAACAGCGCCGUCAGGGACGCAGUUGCAGGAUUCCGCCGCGAUGAGACUACCUCAUCGGCCUGUUCUCCCAAUCAUCCCGAGGGUUGUCUUGAACGUCGCGGAUUCAGUGCGGAGGAUGCGCGCGUGGCGGUAUGGGGUAAGUUAUGAGUAUAUGUUUCUGGAACCGAGUGGGGAGGAUUUGGAUUCGUUAAGGGGGUUUGUUGAGGGUGGGAAGGUCAGAACUGUUGUUGGGGAGGCGGUUGAUAUGCAGGAUAUCGAGGGGGUCAGGAGGGCGUGUCAGGUUGUUUAUGAGAAUUGGGGUGGGCUUGGAAAGGCGGUUAUCAGGGUUGCUACGGCGGAAAGUCAAGAAUGCAUUGAUUGCGGUGCUUUUGACGACCCCGGAAAGGACGGCGGGAUCGCCACGGGCUGCGUCGGCUCACAGACAGGGCUCCGAAGACAACCCAACUGGUGCACUCUGCGUGAGCUCUGCGAGUACAUCGGGGCGCCGACAAACCAGCACAACACGAAACCCGACCCGGGCAAAAUGAGCUGGCCGUCGUGGAGUGCAGCCGCCGCGGACGACAUUUGGAGUAAAGGCGAAAGAACUGUAGCAGAGGCGAUGGCCUUGGUGGUGGAAGGCGUCGAUGAGAAGAACCGCAAGGGGAAGGAGGGUGUGUACUAUAAUGGGUAUCGGGAUGCUUCCAAGGUGCUUCCCGGGUUUAGCGCCACGGCAAGCGAGUACUACCGUGCGGCGCGGGAGCUGGGCGACGCGCAGGUGGCCGCGAGGAUGGCGAUUGAGGCGCAGCUUGGAGGCAAUGGCCUCAAUCCCGAUCAGAAGAGGUUAUUCAAGAACUGGAAUAUGGAGGGCGAGCGGGCCGUGAAGCUGGUGGUGGGCUUGCGGCGGAAGGACCUCAAUGAGUUUGUGAUCAAGCAGAUGAGGCGGCCGCUAUACUUCGGUCGACGGAUUGCGAGGAUGCCCAUGGCAGAAUACGAGGAGUUCGUCAAAAUGCAGGGGGCGAUGCAGCCUGAUAGGGGAGGCACGAUCGUCACGUACGAGCUCGAAUACCCUGCUGGUCGUGAGCAGUUGAUCAAAGAUUAUCAUGCUGCGAUGAGGAAGAUAUCCAGGACGCAGGACAACAGGGCGCAUCGGAAGGCAGUGAAGAAUUGGGAACUCUCGAACAACCAAAUCAUGGGGUGCAAGUAA